ACCGCUGCAGCCUCGGUGAUGUAAUGCGCAUGACGUCACAUCCGGGAGCGCAAUGGUGAAUGGGGCGGCAGGCGGAGACAAACAGCUGUGGACGAAAAUGUAAUAAAGCCUAUCGUCUGUUAUAUCUGUAAAUGUGGGUUUUUGUGAAAACGGUUAGGGAUUAACGCAGCUAAGCAUCUGAGCAGACGCCGCAUCAUGGCAGCUGAAGAAGAGAGGGGGGUGGUUCGUGUCCGAGUCAAGAAGUGUGAGGGGAUGCUGCCUGUGGAGUUUCGCUCCUUUGCUGUUGACCCCCAGAUCACUUCUCUGGAAGUGCUGCAGCACAUCCUUAUCCGGGCCUUUGAGCUGAAUGGGAAGCGUAACUUUGGAAUUAGUUAUCUAUCGCGGGACCGUGGCGGUGUGGAGGUGUACCUGUCAUUACUGUCAGACUGGGACCUGGAUGCCGCAUUUGUCAGUGCAGCAAAGCCCUACUUGCAGUUGAAGAUGGACAUCAAGCCAUCUGAAGAUAGCCCCCUGCUGGAAGACUGGGACAUAAUUAGUCCGAAGGACGUGAUUGGCUCCGAUUUGUUGCCUGCAGAGAGGAGGUCUCUUGCUGCUGCCGCUCUCCCCUUCACCCAGUCACUGCUGUCGCAGGUGAGCUGCUUCUUCCCAGCCCCUGUGUGUCAUGCCAGCCACUUGCUGAGGUUAACAAGGCCGCGUUGGUUUCCUCAGGUUGGCCGCACGCUGUCACGCGUGCAGCAGGCCCUAAGCUGGACCUACGGGGAGGAGGUGAAGCCCUUCAAGACUCCUUUGAGCGAUGCAGAGUUCCACAGCUACCUCAACGGACAGGGCCAGCUGUCCCGGCCAGAGGAGCUCAGGCUGCGCAUCUACCAUGGCGGGGUGGAGCCCUCACUUCGCAAGGUAGUGUGGCGGUACCUCCUCAAUGUUUACCCCGACGGCUUGACGGGCCAGGAGAGGAUGGACUACAUGAAGAGGAAGACGAGGGAGUAUGACCGGCUGAAGGGGGAGUGGCCGGCACGGGUGAACCCAGAGGACCUGGAGUUCAUCAGGGGCAACGUGCUGAAGGACGUUCUGCGGACGGACCGCGCCCAUCCCUACUACGCCGGCUCGGAGGACAGCCCGCACCUGGUGGCCCUCACAGACCUGCUCACCACCUACGCCAUCACACACCCACAGGUGUCCUACUGCCAGGGCAUGAGUGACAUCGCCUCCCCAAUCUUGGCAGUCAUGGACAACGAGGCUCACGCCUUCAUCUGUUUCUGCGGAAUCAUGAAGCGCCUGGAGGGGAACUUCCAGCCGGACGGCCGCCUCAUGUCCAUCAAGUUCCAGCACCUGAAGCUGCUGCUGCAGUAUUCGGACCCCGAGUUCUAUGCCUACUUGGUGUCCCGAGGCGCCGACGACCUGUUCUUCUGCUACCGCUGGCUCCUGCUGGAGCUGAAGCGUGAGUUUGCGUUCGAGGAUGCCCUGAGGAUGCUGGAGAUCACCUGGAGCUCCCUGCCCCCCGAUCCUCCCGAGACGGAGGUAGAGCUGGUGGGGCCACCUCUGGAGACGGAUGCCUUCCACGCCGACGGGGGCGGCGGAGCUCCAGAGCAGGAGGGGGACGGAGGUGAGCAGGCGGGGGAGCAGAAGGAGCAGCAGCGCAGACGCCACAUGCUGAGGCCCUCGCGGGACGAGGCGGAUGGCGACGGGCGGCUGGGCUCUGGCGACGACGAGGGCGGCCCCAGGAGGGAGGCGGAAGGGGAAAACGGACCGGCUGAGGUGGCCGGGGAAACUGAGAGCAGAGUGGUGCCUCCUUUCGAGAAGCAGCUUAGCUUCGGUGAGUUUAAGUACUACAGCGCCCGGCACGAGGACAGCUUCGAGCUGGAUGAUGACGUGCCGCCGCACGGGCCGUGGCAGGACUCUCACUCGCCCUCAGCUCCCGCCUCUCGGCAGCCCACAGAGGAGAGCGAGGACGACUCCGCGGAGAGGGAGCCUCUUAUCAGGUGCGACGAUAAACUCUCGUCCUCCGAGACCGAAGGGAGAAGCUCCCCGAAUGGCCAAACCGCCUCCCCAGUCUCCCCAAUCUCUCCAGUUUCCCCAUGUUUGCCAAACUGGAGGGACAGUCCUUCCCCCUCCCCAGCCACUUCCCCCUCGGUGUCCGGCUGUAGGCUGGCAUCGCCAGCGGUGCCCACCUCGAAACACGCCCCCUCCUCUUUAUCGAGUGGUGCCACGUUGUCCCCGGAACGGUCUGCUGGACGCUGCACUGCUUCGUUACCAACGUCAAACGCGGCGGCCGGAGCCUCGCCCCUGACCCCCUCGGGGAGGCCCUCCCCGUCACUCUUGUGUACCCCGAACCGGUCACUGCUGUCCUCCCCCAUCCUGUCGUUCGGCAGGGCUCCCUCCCCGCCCAGCUCCACAGCCAACCAGCCCUUCUCUAAUGGCAUGAUUCCCUCUACGUGCACAAAAGUGGCCGCCACGCCUCCAAGCGCCCCCCCGGCCACCCGGCCCGAGGACGCCCCCACCAAGCCGGCCUCGCUGCCCCCGCCGCAGGAGUUCGGCAAGGGGAACCCCUUCAUGCUCUUCAUGUGCCUGUCCAUCCUGCUGGAGCACCGAGAUCACAUAGUGAAGAAUGGCCUGGACUACAACGAGCUGGCCAUGCACUUCGACCGGCUGGUGCGUCGCCACCACCUGGGCCGCAUCCUGCAGCGCGCCAAGGCCCUCUUCGCCGACUACCUGCAGAGCGAAGUGUGGGACUCUGAGGAGGGCGACGAGGUCAAUUCGGACUCGCCCACCGUAGGGUCUGCUGCCGGCCACGUGCCCACUGGCAGGUCGCGCUCGCCCGCCCUGCAGUCCCGGGCGACCUCGCCCAACUCCACGUAUAACCUCUCUGCCACCAUUGCUUCACCGUCUUCCCCCAUCUUCCCGUUUAUGUCCGUACACACAGUCACACCUACUGCAGCCUGGCCUUUUAAUGCCCCCUUUUGGAUCUGCCAGUCGUCACACCAGCCCACCUACAAUCCUGUGUAGGGAGUGAAAAUAUAAUGAUUUUAAUUGGUUGGUUUCUCAUCUUUAGCCUAGCCAGUGAAUUUGAUUAGUAUCCUCAUACUCUUCCUAAGACAAAACAGCUGAAACCUGUGAGGAUGCCUUCCAUCUUUUCUCUAAGCUGGCUAGGCUGUUUAAAAAUCCCAGGAUCCUUUCCCCCUUCCUCAGAAUAAAGUCUUUGGAAUGUCUCUGUGGAUGGAUUUUCAGGCGGUGGUGUUAAUGAUGCGUUACGUUUGUGGCUUGACCAAAGGUCCCUGUUUUCUGGGAUAUUUAGAUUGUUUGCACCUCCUCUUCCCUCUUUUCAACAUCGAUCUUUAUCACCCAAGGCUCCCUGUUGCUCCGUAGUUACACCAGAUAAGCCUGGACAGGCAAGGAUCCAUUUUUAAAAUGGCUAAUGUAGCGAACUCAAAAACAGAUGUUCCCUUCUUAAGCAAUAUGUGCAAUAUUUGAAAGGCCAGUUGUUCGUGGAUUUAUGAGUAUAUCUGAUGGUGAACUCGCACAUCGAAGCACUCUUCAACACUCACCUGGCAUGGGUAUUUUAUUUUAUUUAUUUUUUAUUUUUUGCAUGGCAUUCGUGUAGAAACUUUUCUUGCUCCAAUUAAGACAAUCGUCAAUCCCGGUGAUCAAAGAGGAUUGUCUUAAGCACUUUGGCUUUAAGUAAAGACAUCUGAAAUGUUCACAGAAGUUAUUUAUCUGGUAUAAUAAACUUUUGGAUUGGUUUUUACAAAUGUACAGUGUUAUUUCCAGAGAUAAAUAUGGUUUGUUCUAUACAGUUUCUCUGGGAACUCAAAGUAAUUUGUUUAAAAAUUAAAUAAAUACUGAAUAUUGGAACAUUUAGUGCAGUAUGGUUUGUUUGAACUUCUCUGUAGAGUUUGAUACCUAACAACAACAUUCUUUAAGUACAGAAUGUGUGUAAGUUUUUUUUUUUUUUUUUUUUUUUUUAAGUAAAUGUUUUCUUUUUAAUGAUCCUGGGGGUUGUUAUGCUUCGUUAGUGGUCAGAUUUGACAAAAUGACCUUAGGAAACAAACUAAACAAACAGCUGCUCAUUUUACUACAUGGGCUGUUUCCUGUGAGGGACAUAGACCCUUUUUAAAAACAUACUGUAAGUCCUACAAAUGCCUCCUUGUCCUGUGCAUAGUUUUCAAAUUCAGACAUAUUUUAAACAUUGACCUGCUGUAAAGGAAAACAGGUCUAUGUAAAAGUAAAGAUGUAUGUAUUAUACAUAGUAAUAUGCACUUAUGUAUAUGGACUGAAAUGUCUUUAAAUCAUGAAAUUGUUAAAUAUAUUUUUAUAUUGCUGACGUUUCACAGGACUAUGAAAUGGGUGAUGUGUAACUAUAUAUCUUUCUGGUUAAAGGCAUGUACAAAUUAAAUUUGUCAAAUUUGACCACUUAUCGAGAUGAAGAAGCUUCCAGAUCCAGAUGUGAUUUGAGAGCUAAAGACCCAGUGUGGAAUUUUGUAUCUAUAUGAGGAUGGAAAAAACCUAAAGAAAACAAAAGAAUCCAGAUGUAACGAACCGCAGCUUUUCACGCACGCCUUUUCACGUAUGUCAGAAGGGAUUUCAUGGAGAUCCAAAGGUGCUUGUUUUAAUUGAUUUGCGGCAUUUCAUCGCUCGCUGUGCCACGAGCAUGUCCAGCCGUUACGUUCUCAGUGCGUGUAACUGGCCUCUUACCAAUUCCUCCUGAGGGUGCUGUUGAUCCCCAUGGCCCUGCGGCCUCCAUCUUAGGCACAGCCUUCUUCAUAUUCGCGUUGCCAUUGGCCAGCGUCAGUCAGCUUUCUGAAGACCGAGCCUCACCCUCCUUAGCUGACGGCACGUUUUCUUCACACUUCUUCAAAUGUGCUGUCCAGUGUUUUGUCUGCAUAUUUGUAUUUUUUUAAGCCUUGGAGGGUUUCGCUGUGUAAUCCCUUAUACGCCUUUAGCAUAAGGAUACGAGGUCUGCUAUCUAGUUUUUUUUUCCUUCAGUGUUUUAGCUUACCUUUGCUUUCUCUGUAUCACACUUCCUAGUAACUGCGUGAAUGAGGACCUGCUCUCUGCCCUGGGUUUUAUUUUUCCUUCCUUCCUUACUGAGAGGGAACCAGAGUUCAGAGCCGCUCUGCCUUGCCCUGUCUGUGCUGUUUCUGUCUCGUCUCUUUCUGUAUAUAAGUCAGGCUGAAGUGAGAAUUAUGAUGCAAUUCUAAAGUAUCUUUCUGGGUCGGUAUCAUUUUGUUGCAUAACUAGGGUUGAACUGAAAUUCUUCACAUUUCUUUGUCAGUACUAUCGCUUUCUUUCACUUUGCAUUUUCCAUUCCAGGUGUUCAGUGAAGUUCACAUCUGUAAUUUCAACCAGGACCAAAAAGGAAAUUCAUGCUCGGUGACUGGAGGCUCCACAGGCCUUUGCGUAGGUGUAGAUGUGCUAUUUAAAACACGGAUUAUUUACUUUGGUUUCUUUUUCUAUGAUGGUGUUCCAGAUUAUCGACAUUUACACAACGGUUGCUUUACCGAGUGCAAGCAAUGAACAUAUUUGUACAAUAAACACACUUAAUGAAAUAAACUCAAUUUAUUGA